UAUUUUCUUUUCUAGUCUUUUUUGUCUGCGGGAUGGAGUUUUGAGUGGGUUUGCUUUUUUUCUUCUUUUCUUCUUACUUUUUUUUACAUUUUACUUCGUUUUGAUGGUUUUUUUUUUACCUUUUGCCUUUUGGAAGGGAAGGGGGAUUAACCACGGAAAAAGCUGAGAAUGGUUUAUUUACCUUUUCUUGUUCUGUGUGGGGAUUCAUUAUUUUUUCUUUUCUUUUUGUCAUGAAGAUGGCAGGCGAAAGGAUCUCUGCCGGGAAUUGGCAGGUAUGGGCUGAGUGGAUGGAUGGGUGCGGUGGGUACCGGACGCCUGUUCCUUAUACGCAGUUGUUUGCUUUGUUACAAAGCGUCUUGUGUGUUUCUUCGCUGUACUGCGGCGUGUACGCGGCUGAUGGGGGAAGACAGCUACCUACCUACCGAAUUGAAAUGGCGGUAUUGGAUGGUUACAUGGUUGUGGUUACUUGUGGAAGUGGUUGAGGAUGUGGAAGUGGUUGUUGAAGUGGUUGACACAGUGCAAAGCGCCCCCCUUCUCAACGACAUGAAGGACGCGAAGUCCGGGAGGAGAGAAACGGUCCUUCUCCUUCUUCUCCUUAAUUUCACGAGUUUACGAUGCCGUUCUGGAGGCGGGUGAUGUGAUGCAGGGACUGGCCGAGUGUGUGUGUGUGGGGGACGGGGAAGAGGGCGGUGGUGGUGGUACCGUGGUCCGCGGUCCGUGGCUGGCUGGUAGUGCAAUCCGCUGGGCUCUGGCGUCUUUCUGCCCCUUCGGGCUCACCGGCUGCUGGAAUAAUGGGGCACGGGGACAGGCCAGAGCAGAGCAGAGCAUCAACAAGCUCGCGAGAGAUGUGGUGUGCUGGAAUUGUGGGUCUCGUCUCUCUCUCCCUCUCUCUCUCCCUCUCUCUCUCUCGCGGUGACAUAGCGUCGGGUUUCGAGCCUGCUCUUGCAUGUUCGGGAUUUUUGCCGCCGC